ACGCUCCUCUUCCCCUUCUCGUCACAUUGUCCAACAUGGCGGUGUCCAUGCUCAGGAUCCGUUGUUGUGUUCCGCGGCAUGCGCCCAGUCGCCUCCUUGGACGAAAACGUGUUUUCCUCACACUCGGGUCUGAAUUUCACUGCUCCACUCCCGCGGCCAGCGGACUGCUCUUCUCUCUGUAUAAGCGCGGCGUUCUGAAGGACUCGUUCCCAGAAAACGCAGCACAGGACCAGCUUCCCCGGCUGCUUCAGUCCGCUCCUCAGACUGUGUACUGCGGCUUCGACCCCACGGCCGACAGCCUCCAUGUGGGCAACCUGCUCGCCAUCAUCGGCCUGCUGCACUUCCGGAGCGCCGGGCACAACGUCCUCGCGCUGCUCGGCGGGGCCACGGCGCAAAUCGGGGACCCGAGCGGGAAAACGAGCGAGCGCGAGCGGCUGUCCGCGGACGUGCUGGAGGGGAACACCCGCCGCAUCCGGGAGAGCGUGCAGAGGAUUUUCACCAACCACGAGGCGCUUUUCCACGACCCCUCCAGGCCGCUGGGCACCGUGGACGUGCUGAACAACCGGAGCUGGUAUAAGAGCUGGGGGGUGGUGGACUUUCUGUCGGAGACCGGCAGGCACUUCCGGAUGGGGACCAUGCUCAGCCGCCACAGCGUGCAGUCCCGGCUGAAGAGCCCAGACGGUAUGAGCCUGACAGAGUUCACCUACCAGGUGUUCCAAGCUUAUGACUUCUACCACCUGAACCAAUUAUACGGCUGCAGGAUUCAGCUCGGAGGCACCGACCAGCUGGGCAAUUUGAUGUCCGGCCAUGAGUACAUUCACAAAGUAAGUGGCGAGGAGGUGUACGGCCUGACCAUCCCGUUGGUGACCAGCUCUACCGGCGACAAGCUGGGCAAAACCGCGGGAAACGCGGUGUGGCUCAACAGAGACAAGACGUCCCCCUUCGAGCUCUACCAGUUCUUCCUCCGCCAGCCAGACGCCAGCGUGGAGGGGUACCUGAAGUUGUUCACCUUUUUGCCUCUGGCGGAGGUGGAGAGGCUGAUGCAGCAGCAGAGGGAGGACCCGAGCAAACGCCUCGCCCACAAACGGCUGGCCGCAGAGGUGACCAAGCUGGUGCACGGAAAGGAGGGCCUGCAGAGCGCCAAAAGGUGUACCAACGCCCUGUAUCACAGCAGCGUGGAGGCUUUGGAGCAAAUGAGCGACGAGGAGCUUCAGGAACUCUUCAGGGAGGCUCCUUUCCACGAGCUGUACUUGGAGCCAGGGACCACCGUGAUAGACGCCUGCCGCAAGGUCAGCGCCAUCCCCGACGGACCCAGAGGGUAUCAGAUGAUCUCAGAUGGAGCUGUAUGGAUUAACCACCGAAGAGAGGACAAAGCGGAGCAGGUCCUGAUCCCCAAACAUCACAUCUUGUCUAACGGACUUACCCUGCUCCGAGUGGGCAAGAAAAACUUUUACAUCAUCAAGUGGCUCAGCCUCUGAGGCUGCCUGAUUGACUGACAGGGAAGGUAGGAGGAAAAACUCGAGGAGAAGAGUCUGUGAGAAGAUGUUGAUGGACUCAAACUACUGUGCAUUUAACCGUGUAUAUAUAUAUAUAUAUAUAUAUAUAUAUAUAUAUAUAUAUAUAUAUAUAUAUAUAUAUAUAUAUAUAUAUAUAUAUAUAUAUCGAUGUACAUUUAGAACUGUGCCACUUAUCUAAAUAUUUGUUAUUAAAAGGCGUUUGGUUAAAGAGAUCUUUUUCUGUUUAACUGACUGCUGCAACAGAGGUUGAGGGAAGUGACCACUAGAGGGCGACAUUGCCUGCUUGGCGGUCCACAGAGAUCCUAAUGUGCGCCACUCAUCCCGCCGGUAGCACGGUUGCUCAAAGUUAAAUUAAAUUGCGUCAUUUCUCACAAGAAGCUUUUGCUCCUAUUUUAAACCAACCAUUCUCUUUUUAUUUAUUCAAGUAUGAUGCAGACAUUUGUUUUGUUUCAGCUUUUCUGUUAAUUUUUUGUGCUUUAAAAAGUGUAACCUUACACACACCAUUAGGAAAGAACCACCUAAGGAUGGGGUUUGAUCCAGUUUCGGUUCAAAACAAAGUUUUACUUAGAUAUUACAUUUAUGUAGGGUAUUUGUCUCGUCCAAUAUUGCUUUUUAAGGUUAUUGCUUGGUUUUCAUUAAACGUGUGGCAAAUAUAUAUAUUUUAUUUGGGGUGUUUUAACAAAUAUUUCAAUUUUACGUUUACCAAAUUUAAAAAAUAUGUGUGUAGCGCUUUCAGUCAGUGCUGCACUGAUAAAGAGCAAAAACAAUAGAAGGGGUACACAAUUAAAGAGCGAAGAUACUUAAAGAUAAAAUCAAAAGUGUUUAUAUAAUUAUUGUGUGUGUGUGUGUGUGUAAGUGUGUAAAAAACACUUUUGAUGUUAUCUUUGAGUGUCUUUGCUCUAAUUAUAUAUGUGAUAUUUGUAUGUUUUUGUAUAAUAUAUAUUUUAUGUAUGUUAACCAUAGAAUGGUCAUUAAAUGCAAACAUUUUCUUUU